CGCUCUGUUUGGACAGUCAGACGUUCGUCCUCACGGAGACGGAGACAUCGCCAUGACGACUGAGUACCACGACGAGGUGGAGGACGACAACAACUCCUUCUGGAACAAAGAGACGGCUCCUGUCUAUGUCUCAGGUGUCUCCAUGUUCAGACGCUGGUUGUUUCCAGGUCUGACGGCGACGGCCAUCUUGCUUCUGAUUAUAGUGUUGGGAGCCACAGGUGGGUCCAGGUCCAGCUGGCUCUGGUCUUUGGAUCAAAAGGUGUCCAACCUGACCGGGUCCCUGAGCGCCACCCAGCAGCUCGCUGAAGGUGCAGCUCGUGACGUCCACCGCUUGAAGUUUUCAGUGGAGAGCAACAAGGACGAGCUGAGCUCAGUGGCGGACGCAUUGAAGCAGUUGUCAGUUCUGGAUUCUCUCAGCAGGACGGUGGCUUCACUCAAAUGUACCAUCGAACGCACCAUCAACAAUGGCUCCCUGUCUGCGGGCUGCUGUCCUCUGGACUGGGAGGCGUUGUCCUCCAGCUGUUACCUGUUCAGCAGGACGUCGUUGUCCUGGCCCGAGGCCAGAGACUGGUGCAGUGCACACGGGGCCCACCUGGCCAUGCUCACCACGGACGAGGAGUGGGACUUUGUGAUCCUGCACACCUCGGGGACCUACUACUGGCUGGGCCUCACGGACCAGAGGACCGGGGAGUGGGAGUGGGUCAACCAGACCCCCUACGUCAUGAACCGCAGGCGCUGGAAGCCGGGUCAGCCGGACUCGUGGACCGGCCACGGCGUGGGCCCGGGGGACGAGGACUGCGCCCACCUGCUGUUCGACGGGCGGCUCAACGACCUGCACUGCGCCACCAAGCUGCGCUUCGUCUGCCAGCAGCACGGCCAGCGCGGCUGACUCCGCCCACAUCCCGAUGACAUCACGGCCUUCAUCAUCAUCAUCCUCCUUUUAUCACUCACAUAUGAGUUACAAUAAAGUCUAGAAACAUAAAAAUA